UGGAUUUACCUAUGUCAACUAUUUAUUUUUCAACUUGAGCUGUCAAAAGGUUUAUCCCAAAUAUCGAAUAUAACAAAAUAUAUAUUUGAGCCGUGUUUUUAGUAAGAUAAAUAUUGUUGCAAAUAAUUUAAUUUUGCGACACAUCCGCAUCGCAUACAAUGCCGGCUUACCAUUCCCAGAUUAAAGACUACUCCCAGUCGGUGGGUAAUAUGGCCAUCCUCCCAUUACGGACCCAAUCCAGAGGACCUGCUCCAUCGAACACUGGAAUCGAGCAGGAUAUCAUUGAUGAGUCAUUGUACUACUUUAAGGCGAAUGUGUUCUUCCGCACCUAUGAGAUCAAGUCGGAGGUGGACCGAGUGCUGAUCUACAUCACGUUGUACAUAACCGAAUGCCUGAAGCGAUUGCAACGUUGUUCCAACAAGAACCAAGGAUUGCAGGAAAUGUACACAUUAGCUAUUUCUAAGUUCGACAUUCCGGGCGAACCAGGGUUCCCGUUGAAUGCCGUGUACGCAAAACCGGCUACAACAGCGGAGUCCGAUUUGAUGAAGCAGUAUUUGCAGCAGCUUCGCCAGGAGAUUGGCAUCCGUGUGUGUGAAAAGGUUUUCUCCGGAGAGGACGGAAAACCAAGCAAGUGGUGGCUUUGCUUUGCAAAGAAGAAGUUUAUGGAUAAGUCAUUGUCAGGACCCGGACAGUGAUGUGAUUCCAUCAUAGUAUUUCGAAAAAGGUAAUUUUACAAACUUUUUUUUUAUUGAAUUGAUUAAUAAAAAUAUUUCAUAAUUUCGAUAAAA